UCUCUCUCUCUCUCUCUCUCACACGCGGACACACACCGACACACACACACAUUGAUGAGCAAACCAGGCAAGAAUUAUUGAGGAAACAGAUGAUGCAGAAGUAUAUAAACAGAAUCAGGCAAUAAGCAUGAGCAGCUAAAAUUCAUGGAUCUCCGAGCUCGCUUUCUUUCACAGCGCGCGUUUCUGGGUGUCACAGCUUCUGCAUUUUCUUGAAUCUUUGGGAAAACAAGACUAUUUAGCUUCGUGGGCUUUGUUUCGCCGACGGGGCCGACCAAGGACAUCUUUGUACCUCUAUAUCUUCACGCCGCGCGUUUAGCUCGUUGGUCUUUCUUUCAAAGUAUAUAUAUAUAAGGAAGAAGCUUUUAGUUUUGUAUAUAUUAUAUAUAUUUAUAUAUUCAAGGCAUUUCCUAAAUAAUUAAGAAGCUUUAUUCAAUGGGGUGGUGGCGAUUGUUUGGUGCUGCUUUUGCUGGAAUUCUCUUCUUUCAUGGCUUCUGUGCCUCUGAAAAAGCACUAAACUACACAUUCAUGCACAAUGCAACCUCAGCUCCAUCCAUAUCCUAUUACGACUACAUCAUUGUUGGUGGAGGCACCGCCGGCUGCCCUUUGGCUGCCACUCUCUCACAAAACUAUAGCGUUUUGCUCCUUGAACGCGGUGGCUCACCUUACGGCAACCCUAACAUCAGCAACCUAGCUGCCUUCGGCGCUGCGCUGUCGGACCUCUCCCCAACCUCCCCCUCCCAGCGCUUCAUCUCUGAAGAUGGUGUCAUCAAUGCUCGAGCCCGUGUAUUAGGAGGCGCAAGCUGUUUAAAUGCCGGUUUUUACUCACGUGCUGCGCCUUACUACGUUAGGCAAGUGGGGUGGGAUGGGCGGCUAGUGAAUGAGUCGUAUCAAUGGGUGGAAAGGGUGGUGGCGUUCGAGCCACCGAUGCGGCAGUGGCAAUCGGCUGUGCGGGACGGGCUGGUGGAAGUAGGGGUGUUGCCGAACAACGGAUUCACUUAUGAUCAUAUGUACGGGACUAAGGUCGGCGGGACCAUAUUUGAUGAGGAUGGCCAUAGACAUACUGCUGCUGACUUGCUGGAGUAUGCUAACCCUUCUGCCCUUACCGUUCUUUUGCAUGCCCCUGUGCAUAAAAUUUUGUUUAGAACCAAAGGAGUAUCAAGACCAAGGGCCCAUGGAGUGGUAUUUAGAGACUCAUCGGGGGCUAAACACAAAGCAUAUCUCAAGAACGGGACCAAGAGCGAGAUCAUUGUAUCAUCUGGUGCUCUGGGGAGCCCACAGCUACUAAUGUUAAGUGGAGUGGGCCCUGCAGACCAGCUUAAGGCCCACAACAUAACACUAGUGUUGGACCAACCUUGGGUCGGCCGAGGCAUGUCAGAUAAUCCUAUGAAUGCCAUUUUCAUUCCAUCUCCGGUUCCGGUUGAGGUCUCCCUCAUUCAAGUCGUCGGCAUCACCCACUUCGGAAGCUACAUCGAAGCCGCCAGCGGCGCCAACUUUGCCGGUGGCAGUACUUCUCCAAGAGACUAUGGGAUGUUGUCUCCUAAGAUUGGGCAGCUUUCCACUGUGCCACCAAAAGAAAGGACCCCAGAAGCCCUAGCCAAAGCUGUGGAACUUAUGGAUAGUCUUGACCAAGCAGCCUUCAGAGGUGGAUUCAUUCUUGAAAAAAUAAUGGGUCCAUCAUCCACAGGCCAUUUGGAGCUCCGAACCCGGAAUCCCAACGACAACCCAUCUGUGACCUUCAACUACUUCCAAGACCCCCAAGACUUGCAGAGAUGUGUCCAAGGCAUCAGCAUCAUUGAGCAGAUAAUCGAGUCCAAUGCUUUCUCUACCUUCAGAUUCGAUAAUCUACCGGUGCCAACACUUCUCAACAUGACAGCAGGUUCCCCAAUAAAUUUGCUGCCUAAACAUGCCAACACUUCGACCUCCUUGGAACAGUUCUGUAAGGACACUGUGAUGACCAUCUGGCAUUACCAUGGCGGCUGCCAAGUUGGGAGGGUUGUUGAUGAUGAUCAUAAGGUUCUUGGAGUAGAUGCUCUCAGGGUUAUUGAUGGAUCCACCUUUAAUUUCUCUCCUGGAACUAAUCCUCAAGCCACUGUCAUGAUGCUUGGAAGGUACAUGGGUAUAAGGAUAUUGAGUGAGAGACUUGCUGGUGAUGAUGACUCAAAGUAGAUGAUCAUGAUUUUAUUUUUGUUUUCCAGAGCAUCGGGAGUCAUUACAGCUAAUUAAUUAGCCUAAAGAAAUGUAAAAUUUAUUCUUGUCAAGGAUUUAAAUUAAGUCAUGACAUGUUCACGAUGAAGAUUAUGUGUACUGUUUUACGUUUGUUUAAACGAUGUUUCUGGUCAACCAUUAGUCGUAAUGAAGAUAAUUAGCCAUGA